AUGAUUGAUGAAAGUGAAUACGGUCUAUUGCAGUGCCACAACAAAGGCUGCGGUAAAAAAUAUCGCGAAUCAGAUAAUUCAGAUGACGCUUGUAUAUUCCACCCUGGCAAGCCUGUCUUUCACGAUGCGUAUAAGAGCUGGUCUUGCUGUAAACAACGCUCUACCGAUUUUACGGUCUUUCUGAACUAUCCGGGUUGUACAAGAUCUCACCAUUGUAAUAUAAAACCACAAGCGGAAAAAUUAGAAGUAACCACUAAAUUACAACCAGGGGAGGUAAUAGAAGUUAACAAUCAACCCAAAAAGAUCCAAGAAAGACCCAGACAAGAUGAACCAACUAUGCAACUCAAGGCUAUUGUCGCGCCCUCUCUCAAAUCGGCUUUGGACAAGAAACAAACUGUCUCUGAAAAAGAAGCUGACCCUAGUGCUGAUAAAAUUUCGGAAGGGACUCCGUGUCAAAAUCGUGGCUGUAAAUGUUCAUUUAGCACUCAAAAGGAUAUACAGAAAGAAUGUGUUCAUCAUCCAGGCUACCCGAUUUUUCAUGAAGGGAUGAAAUAUUGGUCUUGUUGCAAUAAGAAAACGAGCGAUUUUACAGAAUUCUUAAAUCAAAAGGGUUGCGCAACGGGACAACACUGUUGGAAACACGAUAAAGUAUUGUACGACUGGUAUCAAACUGGUUCGAAUGUAUAUAUUACAAUAUACGCUAAGCUUGUUAAUCCUGAAAGAUCACUGAUAGAAGCCAAUCACACUAUUGUUAAAGCUUUCCUGAUUUACGGAGACGACGAAAAACAAUACAACAAAUCUAUAACCCUCGAAGGGGUUAUCUUACCGGAAAAGAGUUUAGUACAAUACCUUGGUACGAAAAUCGAAAUAAAACUUAAAAAAUUUGACACGAAUAGUUGGAAUAAACUAGAAUUGUAA